AUGUCCAGUCUUCAACGAGUUACAAAACAGUCACUACAAUUAAGUCCCAACAUACAAAUUUUGAAGCUGCGUGACUUUUUGCAUUACAUCCAGUAUUUCGUACCAGCCGGAGUCGGAGAUCGACAUUCCGAAUGGAAUCUACCAGCCAAUAGCAAACUUGCAGAUGAGCAAUUCUUCAGAACAAGUAGGAUAGACUUGCUUAUUGGAGCCGAAGUAUUCUUCGAUAUUUUGUCAGUCGGACAAAUCAAGUUGGGCGAUGACAUGCCAGUUGUCCAAAAAACUUUGCUCGGGUGGAUCGUGACCGGUAAAUACAAGGAACGACCAUCAAAGCAUGUCUUGUCAUCACCGCGUACGUGCCUUCUGUCAAUGGAGGAAGUACUCAACGAAAAUUUAGAAAAAUUGUGGAAAAUGGACGAAGUCGAACGGCAUGCCAGCAAGUGGUCGAACGAGCAUAUGGAUUGUGAGAACGCGUACAUUAGCACUGUAAGACGCAACGCUGACGGUAGAAUUGUAGUGCGGUUGCCGCUUAAAGAGGAUUCCGGCAGGCUUGGUUUGUCACAUGCUACGGCACUCAAACGGUUUAUAGCUCAGGAACGACGGCUUAGGCAUCAGCCUGAUCUGAAAUUACAUACUACAACAAAGUUGCGCGUUGUGUUCGAUGCGUCUUGCCAUACAACGUCGCUCAAAUCAUUAAACGACCUAAUGUUUGUUGGUCCAACAAUGCAGACCGAAUUGUUUCUACUUCUACUACGAUUUCGAUUGUAUCGCUAUGCCUUGACUGCGGAUAUAAUAAAAAUGUAUCGACAAGUUCUAGUCGAUCCACAAGAUCGCUGCCUGCAGUACAUAGUGUGGAGAAACAGCCAAGAGGAGGAAAUUCGUACGUACGAAUUAAACACUGUCACGUAUGGUACUGCUGCUGCGCCGUUUCUGGCCAUACGUAGCCUUAAUUUCAUUGCCGACGAAUACGCAGAUGAAUUUCCGGUUGGAGCCAAGGUGGUUAAGUCGUCAUUUUAUGUGGACGAUCUGUUAUGCGGAUCCGACUCAUUCGCUGAACUUAAACAAAUUCAGUUCGAAGUGUCGCAAGUUUUAGAAAAAGGUUGCUUCGAGCUUGCAAAGUGGCACUCGAACUGUGCUACCUUUCGUGACGAUUCUACUUUGAAAAAUCUUAGCUUUGAUGAAACAGCAGUCACAAAUGCUCUCGGCAUCACUUGGGAUCAAAGUAACGACACGUUCUUGUUCUCAUUUCAGCCCAAAAAUAAGUCUACUAAGGUAACCAAACGAAUCGUGUUAUCCAUCGCUUCGUCUUUAUUCGAUCCACUUGGAUUGUUAGCGCCCAUAAUCGUCAUCGCAAAGAUUAUCCUCCAGGAAAUCUGGCUCCUGAAACUGGACUGGGAUGAGAGUCUUCCUCAAAAUUUACACUUGGCAUGGUCCAACCUAGCUGCAGAACUUCGAACAGUUUCUUGCAUAUCCGUACCAAGAUAUUGCAAACUGUACAAAGCAACAUCGAUUGAACUUCACGGCUUUUGCGACUCGUCCAUACGUGCAUAUGGGUGCUGUUUCUACGUUCGUACUGCAACCAACAAUGGCGUCAAAGUGAAGCUGCUGACAGCGAAGUCUCGAGUGGCACCUAUAAAAAAGAAGUCCUUACCACAAUUGGAGUUAUGUGGAGCACACCUUUUGGCUAAGCUAUUUGACAAGCUGAAGGAGUCGGUAGGUGAGUGCAAGGUCUAUUUAUGGUCAGAUUCUCAAAUAGUGUUAUACUGGUUGAAGAUGCACUCUGCAACGUUGUCAACAUUCGUGGGAAAUCGCGUCUCUGAGAUUCAAGACCUAACGACGAAUUGUAUUUGGCGACAUGUUCCAACACGAGAGAAUCCAGCCGACAUCGUGUCUAGAGGAUGCACUGUCAGUGAACUUUUAGCGUCAUGCUGGUUUACAGGCCCGGCGUUUCUCUCAUUGGCAGAAAGCGAUUGGCCAACUUGUUCCGUAAACGAAGUCGACAAUGCCGAAAUCAACAAAGAGAGGAGAAAAGCCACCUUUCACCAGACUGCAAGAGCAAACCACAUCCACGAUGUAAUUGAAACCUAUAGUUCUUAUCCGCGUAUACUUCGAGUCUUUGCAUACAUGUUUCGCUUCAUCCAUAGAGCAAAUAAAAGUCUUAAUAAAUCUGUAGAAUCAAACUCCCUAACUGCGGAUGAAUUACUCCAUGCUCAGUACUGCGUCAUAUGGAUCGUUCAGCAGCAAUUUUUCGCAGAAGAUAUUCGCCUACUGACUGCAAACUUGUGUACUCAAGGUUUGUUAAAGAAUCUUAACCCCUUCUUGCAUGAGCUCGAAGGCUUUCUUUUGCUUAAGGUCGGUGGCCGUCUAGCGAAUGCAAACAUUGAGGAGGGCCAAAAACAUCCGAUAUUGCUGCCUACUAAAUGUACGUUUACUCAUAACUAUGUUCGCUACUUACAUCAGAAAAAUUAUCAUGCUGGUCCUAAGGCACUGGUAGCGCUUAUUCGACGUAACUUCUGGAUCUUUAACGCUCGAAAUCUUUGUCGACAGAUCGUCAACUCAUGCAUACAUUGCAUCCGAUAUCGUCCUAAACUACUUCAACAAGCAAUGGGUAAUUUGCCGGAGGAGCGCCUUACUCCAGCUCGACCAUUUACUAAGGUAGCAGUAGACUUUUGUGGUCCGGUAAACACCUAUCUUCGCGUACGGGGCAAGACUCCGUACAAGGCGUAUAUAGCGGUGUUUGUAUGCCUAUCCUCAAAAGCCAUGCAUAUUGAAGUGGUGUCAGACCUUUCUGCGGAUGCCUUCAUAGCUGCUCUGAAACGCCUUAUGGGUCGACGGGGUAUGCCCAGCAAUACAUUCUGCGAUAGCGCGACAAAUUUCACUGGAGCAAACAGUAAAUUAGAAGAACUGAAAGAUUUUUUAGCACCGCAUUUCGGCGGCCUUUGGGAGGCUGCGGUAAAGUCGGCUAAGGGACACCUCUACCGUACCUUAAUGAACACACGAUUAACAUACGAGGAAUUGACCACAGUACUUAUUGAGAUUGAAGCGAUUCUCAAUUCACGCCCCAUUGCACCGAUGUUAUCAGACCCCAGUGACUUCGAAGCAUUAAGUCCUGGUCAUCUUCUCAUUGGAUGCUCAUUGAAAUCACUGCCCGAACAACCCUCUAUCGGAGUGGAAAUCAAUCAAAUCGAACAGUGGCGGCGCAUCACAGUCAUCAAAGAGCGCUUCUGGCGUCGUUGGUCACUGGACUACAUUAAUGAGUUGCAGACUCGUGUCAAAUGGACCAAACCGAGUCCCAAUCUGAACGUGAACGAUUG